UUCAUCAGCUUGAAGUUACUCAAAUACCCCACGAACUGGAGCUGAUUCUCAUAAGUUGAGGUUAGAUAGCAUGACUCUUGUCAGCGCCUCAUUCACGGCUCAUUCAUUGCUGUCUGCUCAGUCUCGAUCUUUACAUUGAGCAUUCCCAGUUCAUCAUUUACCAGCUAAUCAUUCAAAUACAUUGGCUCGUGACUCAAUUGAUCGACAUGGAAAAAGAUGGGGGAUGGCUUGCCGAAGGCGCCUACGAUGACUUUGUCCGGUCACUGUGUUCCUCAGACCCCCGACUUAGACAGCGUGACCCCAAGGCUCAAAUUCAACGCAUCCCCUUCACAGAUGACGGCGUCCGGGUCGUCAAGCUCAGCCUCGGCGACGACGGCACCUUUAUCAGAACAGCACAAUUUGAGGAACCAGCCGACCUAGAAACACACCUCCGCAACGCUACAGCAUCACAGCAAGGACAGAAGAACAUAUACAUCCUCGAGGGCCUCGGCCCCGGAUUCGCAGGUGUGUUCGGCCAUCACUUCUCACUCCACCCUUCGGUAUUCGUCGAGCACGAGCGCGUGGUCGUGCACAACGUAAACUGGACGGGCGAAAGCGACGGCGCGCAGCUGCCGUCGGUGGUUCGGAGCCGGGGCCACGUGGAGAUGAAGUACUACGAGGUCGUGACGUUUGAUACACGGCCGACGAGUUUCCGGUGGGUGUGCGCUGCGACGGGGAGGCAUAUCGGGGUCUCGAGGGAGUUUCGGUGGGACAAUUCGCCUGACGACGAGUUUGACCGGUUUUUGAAUGUGGGUGUUGUGAGGAGGAAGUGUGGUGUUUGGUCGAGGAGGACUGGGGGCGGUGGUUGGGAUUGUCUUGUGCUUUGUGAUCCUCCGGUACGAAGUGUCCGAACAGGGAAUGAUUACAAAAUAGAGCACCCAGUCAAGACCUGGCCCUAUCAGGGUGGCUACCUCGACUUCGUCCCAGAAGAAUCGCAAAUCAACAUCGCUGGAAAAAAGGGGAACGAGCACCACCACUACGGACCCCCGCGAACUUCCAUGCUCGAAGAUCUCGCCUUCUAUCUCGAGACACACGCGGGGCUGGUAAAUACCGCAGAGCCCGAAUCCGUCGUCAAUGUCUUUGUGAGCAAGAUUGUGGCCUCCCACCUUCUCAAGCAGACGGAACACCUGCGCGCGACGCUCUCGGCGGUGCAACGGGGUCUCACGCGCAAGCAGGACCUCGCGAAGCUGCCAAUGACCAAGGUCGAGGCGCUCUGGAGCGAUAUGCAGGGGUGGGAGAGGCGGACGGGGGAGUAUCUCGAGGACGUGGAAGGAAUUAUGCUGCAGCUCGGGAUCCCGUUGUCGCCGACGCAGCCCCCGGCGACAGGAUCCACUGCGCCGCCCAUCGGUAUACCGCCGCAGCCGGGGUCGGGCCUGGGACCGAAGACGGGGCCGGAGCGAUCCAACGUCAUCGCUUGGUCAGACAGCUCAGCAGAUUUCCAGUUCCUGCACCUCCGGUUCCGGGAACUGCGUCACCGGACCGAGAUGCUCAACGCGGCGGUGACGGGGCUGGCGGGCAUCACGGGCAACAGGCAGGCCUAUAAAGAGCAGCAGCGAAGCAUCCGCGAGGCCAAGAGCACCAAGGCGGUGACGCUACUGGGGUUGGUGUUCAUCCCGCUGGCGUACACUGCGUCCGUGUUUUCGAUUGAGAAGCCGUUUGGGCCGGGCGGGGAGCUGUUUUGGGUGUACUUUGUGACGUCGGCGCCGUUGAUUCUGGUGGUCAUGGUUGGGUACUAUGUGUUGGACUUUGGGUAUAAUGAUGAUGGGAGGGCGUGGUCUGUGGAUACGUUUGCAAAGUCGGUUGGGGAGAGGGUGCCUGGGUUGAAGAGGAGGGAUUUGGGGAGGAGGUUGGUUGGAUAAUGGGAAAGUAGAUGUAAAUGGUCGAGUGAUGACCCUCAACGUAAUACAAGGUCAAGAAUAUCAUAACAACCUGUGGCUGCGACGAACUGCUGAGAGAGGGUUCAAAAAAGAGUUCGCCCCCCCGGUGCCGAUUUGGGGGCUACAUCUCUUGGUGCUCAUGCUGAGAUUCGAACUCGGGUACUCGUAUACGCUAAGCCUGUCGUCGAGUAGGCUGGUUGGCGAUUUGAUUGUUGACCUCGAACCAUUCCACCACCCAGUCAGUUUGACCUGACCCGCCGACCUAGACGGGCGCCUGCUGUUCUGGUGACAGGAACGGAGUUGAGGGGGGGUAUAUAGGCUUCUCGUGUAGUAUUCGUGCCUGUGUAUUCACAAAUC